CUGAAUAAUGAUAAUAAUGAUCAAGAUGGCUACUACAGAAUCUUCCUUGCGGUAGCUGACCAAAUUAAUGGAAGCACUUCAGAGGGCUAAUUUUAAUAGUUAAAGGCCCUCUUCAGCGGCGGGUCCGCGGCAAGAGUCAAACUAGAUGGAUUAAACCGGGCUGCGGAGAUUGAAAAGUCAUUGUGUUGCCUGCAGCACUCAUUCUGGGGAAGCUAGGCUAGCAGAGCAACGAGCUAGUUGUACUUGUCGACCACCUCUGGUUUGGCUUCCAGAGGACCGUGGCGCUGCCUGUGCUGUGGCCUGUAGUUGGUCGGAAAGUGUCAGAUGGCAGAGCCGAGGAAAGUGCCCUUUGUCACCAUCUCAUCCUUCAACGCCGCACAGCCGACCCUGGAGCCCGGUAAGAAGCGCCGCCGCGAAGAUGACGGGGCGGACAUCACUUUUGGGAAAGAUGGAGGUGGAAGUACCGCGGGCAAAGGGGUAGGAGGUGGAGGGGCUCUUUUUGGGAGCACGGAAGCGGGCGAAACCGGCGAGAGUAAGCCCACUCUGCGCCUCAGCCUGUCCCUGAGCGAGCCGAGUGAACGGGGCUCCGCGGAGUUUAACUACAGCGAGCUGACCAACAACACUCACCCUCAGGUAAAGACAGUUUGCUCAACGGCACCAAAAGGACUGACACCCUCCCUUGACCCCAGUGACCCAUUUGCUGAUGAUGAGAAGGAAAGACUCGAAGUGGAGGAAUUGGCCAGGAAGUUUGAGAGCAAAUAUGGAGGCGGAGGUGGAGCCAAAAAGAAGAAAAAGGACCGCAUGCAAGAUCUUAUAGAUAUUGGUUAUGGCUACGAUGAGACCGACCCAUUCAUUGACAAUUCUGAAGCUUAUGAUGAGCUGGUCCCUGCCUCUCUCACCACUAAACAUGGAGGCUUCUACAUCAACACAGGAACCCUGCAGUUCAGAGCUGCUUCUGACUCAGAAGGAGAAGACCCCAACACAGCUGAAAACCACUUUAAGAAAAUGAAAGAUGGAGAAGAACGGGUAAUUAAAAAACGUAGAAAGAAGCAAGAUGGUGGUAUCCUGGAAGAAAAGAAACCUAAGAAGAAUAAAGUACCAAAGUCAGGAGUGUCCGCUCUGAAUGCUCACCGUCCAGAGAAGAAGAAAAGGAAGAAGUUGAUGAAGGACUCCCUGCACUUGGCUAACAUGCUGCGGCGCUUCAACAGGGAGAAAGAGGAGAUGCGCAAAAAGAACCUGGCUGGUGGUCUGCAGCAGAGACCUAACCCUAAACUGCCCCCUCCCAAUAGCUCGCUGCUCACCAGUCAAUCCAAAACCUCUGGAAACGACUGCAACAUGGCCGACCUGACCUCUGACCCUGUGGUGUUGUCACUGCUCGGGACAGCGAACAACGACAUCCUACAGGACAUGAUGGGAGACCUGGACUUUGGGAUGCUGGACUCCCCUCACAGUCCGGGCCAAGGAGAGAAUGGCUCCUUUGGGACGGGCCACAAGAGCAGAGUGUCUCAGGGCAGCUCCAUGACCCCGCCUCCUCUGCCUGGUGGACUGCCUGCUCCGCUGGCAAAACGCAUUGAAGACCUUAGAGCGGCCUCUAGACAGUUUGAUGAAGAGGGCCGAAAGAAGUUUUUCACCUUGGACAUGAACAACAUUUUAUUAGAUAUUGAACUACAGGUCCAGGAGCAGCCUUCAGAGGUGCGUGCAGCUGUCUAUUCCCACCUUGAGGCCUUUGUGCCUUGCAACAAAGAAGCCUUGCUCAAACGACUCAAGAAACUCAGCCUCAACAUCCAGGACGACCGACUUCGAACUCCUCUGCUCAAACUCAAACUGGCUGUGUGCAGUGUGAUGCCAGAGCAGAUUGCGCGCUACAAUAUGGACUGCAUCGCCAAAGUGGCAAAGCAACAAGAGGAGGGGGAGAGAAAUGGCUCCGACGACGAUGAUGAAGAGAAACCUGGGAAGAGGGUCAUGGGUCCACGCAAGAAGUUUGUGUGGGAUGAUAAACUCAGGACGCUGCUGUGUAACCUAGUGCGGGUCAAACUCAACUGUUAUGAGCUGGAGGGGAAGACCUCUGUGUCUUUGGAGGACUACCUCAAGGGCUUUAUGGAGAGCGAGGUGAAGCCUCUGUGGCCCAAAGGCUGGAUGCAGGCCAGAAUGCUGUUCAAGGAAAGUAUUAUGGUGCAUGGUCAUCUCACAGGCUAUGCAGCAAAGAAAAAGGUGGUGUCUACUCCCAAGGCCAAGCCUAAGGAGCCAGCGAUAUGGACACAACGAGCUACACCUUCAACUGCCCCUACUUCGUUACCAGUUGCCAAGAGACCGCCCCAGUCGCCAGCCGAGCCCAUUUGUCUCGACUCUCUGGAUGAGGACCUGACAUCCCCUUCUCUGGACUCCAUCUCCCAGGCCUUAGCCAUCCUGGGCAAUGCUGCCAAGGGCCUAGCCCAGGGAGAGAGCCCCCCAUCCCCUGAAGCCCCCAAACCUCCCAAACCCCCCACCAACCUCCAUUCGUCCCCUGUCCUCCAGCAGCACAAGAAGAACUCCGUGAGCAGCACACCUCACUACAUGUCUACCUCUACGUCCAGUCCGCUGUCCCGGCCCGCCUCUCUCAGCGCCUCCCCUCAGGCCUCAGUACGGGGGCCUGGAGUGGACAAUUUAGGGAAAAACUCACAACAGGUUCACAGACAAUCGGUGCUGAACUCUCAUAGACCUGUGAGUGUGGGAGUGGCUAAAGCCAACAUGUCAGCUGCCACACCCCCUAAGCCCCGCCCUCCAGCCACAGCUUCCCCCCUGAUGGCGCCCUCAGGUCUUCUGAAGGGCAGCAGCUCUAAAGACACUCUCCUCCUUACAUCCCCUCAGUCCCGUCCACACAUGCUCCAGUCUCCCUCUCCACACCUUACAGCCAAACCUUAUAUCCCUCCUCGACUCCCCCACACUGCCUCCCCGUCUCAACCACAGUCCAAAUUUAUCACGCCCAUGCAUGCAACCCUCACCAAACCCACCCACAGUAGCAUCGCGCCUAUCAUCAAGUUAUCUCCCCGUGCCCCCAGCCCAGCAGUGAGUGUGUCUUCUUCACCCUCCCUUCCACAGCCCCCCCGCUCUCAGGCAGCACCCUCCAUGCACCAGUACUCCCCCAAAAGCCCCGCUUCUUUCCGCCCACCGUUCUCAGGUUCUCCCGGAGCAACAGGCAAACCGGGCCCCGGCAAUUUUACCGUCCCGGGACAGAAGACCCCCAGCAGCACCACGUCCAGCCUUAUCAACAGCUUACCUGUGAACAAGCACACAGCCGCCUCCAUCACAGCCGCCUCAGCCAGUCCGAGGCAGAGGCCAGGGUCAGGGACCCCUCAAGGAGCCAAACCAGUCCCAUCCACUCCUUCGUCCACCACCUCACCUCAAAUAACACAGGUCUCUACAUCAGGUAGCAGCUCUCUGCUGGGCUCAUCCCCAUCUCUGCCUUUGGGCUUUGGGAUGCUGGGAGGGCUGGUGCCUGUGUCUCUGCCCUUCCAGUUCCCCUCUCUGCUCAGCCUCAACUCCCUGGGGACAGCGGGCUCCAGUACCACAGCCAGCAGCUCCACAGCCAGUAGCAACGCCCCCUUUUCAACACUGACACAGAAUGUGUUUAAGAGUCUCCAGUCAGGCUCUCAGACCGCUCUGCCUCCUCACUUGCAGCUCGCUUUCUCAGAUGUCGCUCAAAGCCAAGCAGAUGUGAAGAGGAAGACGUUAUGAUGCAGCAGGAUCAACCCUGGUUCAGGAAACUCUGACCCAAAGAACAGAGAACACUCUUGAGAUCAAUACCACAAUGAAAUGUCACCUCCUUUGUACACAAUUUGAUCAUUUUAAAGACUAUUGAUACGACAUUGGCUAAGUAAAAUGACAAGACUUUAGUUUAUGUUUACAACAGACCUUUAACACUGUGGACAGUGGAGAAGAAUGGGUGGAAAGUUCAGGUGUGGGUUUUGCUUGAAUGUCUUCUAUUAUGGUUGGAAGUGUGCCUUUUGUGUGUGUGUCCUUUGAUGCAUGGUCAGUGUGUCUACUUGGUGCUGUUUUUAUAAUAAUGUAAUUAUUACUGAUAUCUGUAAAAUAUCUGUAAACUGCAAAUUUGUUGAAUUUGAACUUUUUUUAAAAGCUGUACACUUUUUCUUGAAUUUGAAUUCUUAAUGAAUUCCUAGCUGUAUAGAACUUUUAAUUAAACUGAUCUCUUUUUA